UGAACCCACAAAUAAAACCCAAUUCCACCAUUAUAUAUAACAGAGAGCAUCAAGAGGAUUUACAAGCACACAACUGAAACAAUGGCUCUUUUAAUUUAUUGUUUAAAACAAGUUGUGAAGUUCUGUUUUGUGGAGCAAUGGCGUGUACGGGUCUUCUUGGUCCUCAAUAUGGUCUUACUAGCCAUAUAUUUCUGUUCCAUUUAUGCUAACUCUGAAAGUGAAGAAAGCAAUUGCAAUGAAGAAAUGAAAACUAAGAGACAAUAUAGGAGGCCUGUUAGUGUCGAAGCAGGCAGCGAUAGCGAUAAUUCAAUGAAGAUCAGAAAUGCUGAAGAUGAAAUUGAGCAAGAGGAAGAGCAAAAGCAAGAGCAUGUUAAAGUAGAUGGUAAGAGUACUACUACUGAGAUAUCUGAAGAGGAAUUGAAUAAGAGAGUGGAAGCCUUCAUUACCAUGUUCAGGCAACAUUUGGCUUCAGAUGCAAGAAGAAGCAGAAAUCAUCAGUUUCUGUCCAGUAAAAAACAAACUGAAAAUUUGAGGUCACAGAAGGAAUGUAACUUAACUCAGAAAGUCAGGUGUGUAACAGUACAAGUUUAGUAUAUAGAUUACCAAGUACUAUUAUUAUGUUUUCUAGUCUGAAAUUGCAAUUUGUUAGUGAUUCUUCUGGUGUUGGUGCAAAAGAGAAUGAACCAAUCCACUUUAUAAAGUUUCUAAUUUCACAAAAUUUGUAGUCUCAACUGAAUUUUUUUUCUUCUAUUUAACUAGAUAAUCACAUAUGUUUGGAUUCUCAUGAAUGAAUUUCCAAGUACUUUAUUUGACUCUCUCCCAGAAAUGAGUAGGGAUAAUUGUGAAAAUGCAGGACUUUCAUAACGGGUUAGAACUGUGCUACCCUUGUAGGAUAAACCCCGUCACUGGUACACCCAGUCCAAAACUCUAGACUCUUAAAACUCAAUUGUUUCUUAUCAACGUUCAAAGCUUUGAACACAAGGGAUAGGAAUCAUAGGAUUAGGUUUAUGAAGAAAGGGAGUCAGGAGCAA